AUGGUGAGGGAUGCAGCUGAAGGUAUCCAAUCCAUCGAGAAUUCAGAAAUAGUACAAUUAUCUUCUAUCGGCACGAGCAACUCUACUGAAGCACGACCUGAUGAUACAUUGAUUGCACCAAAAGGUGCCAUGGUGAGGUAUUCAGCUGAAGGUAGCAAAUCCAUCGAGAAUUCAGAAAUAACACAGUUGUCUUCUAUUGGUACGAGCAACUCUACUGAAGCAGAACCUGGUGAUACAUUGAUUGCACCAAAAGGUGCCAUGCUGAGGUAUGCAGCUGAAGGUGGCCAGUCCACCGAGAAUUCAGAAAUAACACAGUUGUCUUCUAUCGGUACGAGUAACUCUACUGAAGCACAACCUGGUGAUACAGUGGCCGCACCAAAAGGUUCUGAGGGUACGCCAAUGUCCAAGUUUGUUCCAAGCAGAACACACAGCUCUAGUGACUCCUUGCUGCAGGGAUCUCGUGAUGUCCAGGAGAGCAUCGUAGCUGAACAGCCUUCAGAUUCCUCGGAUGUUGAGGAAAUUCCAUUCGUGAAGACCUCCCCGUUGUGGGCACAGAUUGAGGCAAUGGAAGUUUUCCGUAAAGUGCCGCAACGACCAAACUUUCACAAGUGCCAGCAGCACGUUCCAGAGCUCCGUGAAGGAAUGGCAUUGGGUCUGAUGCUCUCUUUCGCCAAUCUGGCAGAGAGCGUAAAGAGGCUAUGCAUUGAGGAUGAUGAUGCAGUGUUCGAAGAGAAGAUGAAGGGCGUUUCUUUGCUGGAAGCUGAUGGGUUCGACGUGGAGCACCUGCGAUCACGCCUGGAAACAUUGCUGCGCAUAAAGAAGGGGCGUGCCAAUCUGCAGGGCACAAUUAAAGAUCUGGAGGAGAAGUUCUCUCACGAAGAGACUCAGAGGCGCACACAGAUCGGUGUGCUAAAUAUGACUGUCCGUCAGCUUGAACUGCAGGUUUGUCUCUUCCGCCGCAUGAUGCAGUCUGCUAUUUCACAGGAGCUAAGUGAUGCCUCGGAGAUCUCGAGGCUGAAAACAGAAGUUAGCAAGCUCGAGCAGCGCUUCAGCAGCGCUACCGCAUCACCGUGGUGA